GCUCAUAUAGAGUUCAGCUGUCCUGAAGUGAGCAUCUGUAUAUGAUGGGGAGUGUUCAGCCGUCAUGUUUCCAAAUUCUAUUUGUUCUUAUGGCAGCUUUAUUAGAAUACAAAGUGGCGACACAGAGACCCUGCAAGGUCCAUCGGUUGAACAUAAACUAUGCUCGGGGCGACAAUAUGUCUAUUUCUUGCCUAACCACAACCCACCCGCUGGAGUCUCUGACAGUAAAACUAAGCAGGACAAACCCGCUUCAACACAUCCUAAAGUAUUCAGACAACUCUUCAGCAUUAGAGCAUCAGAGAUGGUCUGUGAGAAAUAAUGCUGGAAAUGUUACACUUGAUCUGAAAGAUAUCAGUUUAUCUGAUCAAGGUCAUUAUGAAUGUGAAGUCUACAAAGAUUGGGACUGCCUUAAAGCAACUCUUUUUAACCUGAAGGUCAAAGAGUGUAAAACUUUGGAUUCUGUCCAUGCAACUCCAGACUCUUCAGUGUUGCUGCCAUGCUCUGAACAUCCUCUACAAUUCAGAACUGAUCAAGUAACUUGGAAAAUCUUUCAUGGUCACCAACAAACAGAAAUAGCUCAAUAUCGACCUCCACACAAGCCCUCAAACAGCACAGAGAGAGUCUUGAAGCCUCUGUAUGAGAGAGCGAAAACACUUGGGAAUGGAUCUCUUCUUAUAAGGGAUGCAGUAAACUCUGAUGGAUCAUGGUAUCAGUGCAGAGUGAGUGAAAAAACCUGCUAUGAGGUGAAGCUGGUCAUGAAAGGUGUGUUUUCAAUGCAGUAUUUCUAACCCUAAAGUCUCAGACUCUGACAGACUUUUCACCUUUAACAAUAUUUUAAGUUAAACUAUG